AUGAACAACGCACCCAAGAAAUACGUCAAGAUCAAUGGUGUGACAAAAUUGAAUCCAGAAUGGAAGAGAUGGAAAGAUGCCUUUGGAACUGAAGGCGCAGAACAAAGCAACAAGGUCUCCAAAGUUCAAAUCAAUCUAUAUGCUUCCAAACUGACCAAUGUAGCAGGAUUCGGCAAGGGGAUAUCAGACCCAUUUGCCGUGGUGACCCUCCUGGCAAGCAACCCAUCAGAUCAACCCCAGAUUAUUGGAAAAACAGAAGUAGUCAAAAACAAUCUAUCCCCCAAAUGGACCACUUCUUUCAUCCUAGAUUACAGUUUGGGUGUCAGUACACGCAUCAAUAUUGCUAUCUUAGAUGAAAUCAGAAAAGGCAACAAAGCCAAACCAAUGGGAUCCGCCUUGUUUGAGAUUGGGGAAAUUCUUGGCAGCCGGGGGAAUGUCAAGGCAAAAAAAAUGAAGUCUGGAGGAACCCUUUUCGUUCAUGCCAUGGCGGCUCCUACCGAAGAUGCUGGACGGUUGAUACUCAAGUUGCAAGGACACAAAUUGAAAAAUGUGGAAGGAUUCUUCUCCAAAUCAGACCCGUUUGUGGAAAUCAGCGCCAAAGUCAACAGCGCCGGUGGUCUCACGUGGCAACCUGUCUUUCGAUGCAAACAUAUCGACAAUUCUCUAAACCCGGUUUGGGAAGAAAUGGAUCUCAAUGUCAACAAACUUUGCCAGGGCGACAGAACUGCUCCCAUUCUCAUUGCGGUCUAUGAUUGGGAGAAAAGUGGAAAGCAUCGAUCGAUGGGAUCAUUUGAAACCAACGUCAAGGCGUUGAUGGCAUCGGUGGUGCCGGAUGGCAUGGGCAAAAAGGUGGACAUUUCAAAGGCUUAUUCACUCGUCAAAUCUGGAAAGGACUAUGGCAAAAUUGUUGUCACGGGUGCCACAAUAACCGGAGCAACCAUGUCGGCAACGACACAGGGACCGCAGACUGUAAUACACCACUUGCCAGAACCGAUCCUGCCGCCACAGCCGCCCAUGCCAGCUCCCAGCUACAGUGUCAACCCAAUCAGGAGUUCCAGUGCCAUUCCGCGCCCUGGUCAACAACCACCCAUGGCAUCGGCCGUGCCGAUUGCCGCAGCAUCCACCGCAGCGGCCGUUGCAUCCGCUGUGGUCGCGGGAAGCGACCAGCCAAGCUAUGGAAAGCUUCCGCUUGGAAUCUCGGGGUCAACCGCCGUGCCUCCUCCCAACGGGGGAACCAGGCCCAAAUUUGUGGAUUAUCUCACGGGAGGCCUGGAACUGCAAAUGUGCGUGGCGAUUGAUUUUACUGGAAGCAAUGGAGACCCUCGAAAGCCAGGAACGCUGCAUUACAUUCACCGUGACGGCAGCUUGAACGACUACGAAAAAGCCAUUACCGCUGUGGGUGCUGUGGUGGCGCGAUACGAUUCGGAUCAGAAAUUUCCCGUCUGGGGCUUUGGUGCCAAAUUCCGUGGAAUCAUCAAUCAUUGCUUUCAAGUGGGCCCGGACCCAGAAUUAUCGGGCAUCCAAGGAAUCCUAGAUGGCUACCGUCGAGUUUUUCGAACGGGGUUGACCAUGAGUGGCCCCACUGUGUUUGCCGAAUGCAUUACGAAAGCGGCCCAACAAGCCCGAGCGCAACAAGCUCAAAGUGCCAAAGUCGGGAAGCAAUCCUACCAUAUCUUGUUGAUUUUGACCGACGGAGCUGUGACAGACGUCGAACACACCAAACGAGCCCUCAUUGAGGCCAGCGACGCUCCUCUCUCCAUCAUCAUUGUGGGGAUUGGAACUGCCGACUUUUCCACCAUGCAAUUCUUGGAUGACUUUCUCUCAUCCGGAAACACGGCAGGUAGAGAUAUUUGCCAAUUUGUGGAAUUUCACAAGCAUCAACACAACCGAGAAAACUUGACAAAAGAAACUCUGGAUGAAGUCCCUGAUCAACUGGUGGACUACUUCUACGACUCUCAAGGAAUUAUGCCGCAUCCGCCACUUUCAGGCAGUAAAUUCUCUGUCGUCGAGUCUGAUUACAACCCUGGAGAAGAUAUCGAUAUUGAGUUAAAUUUUGACGGAGGAUACGACGGAGAAAUUUUCAUUGAGAAUCCCAGCGCUGGAUUGGUGGACGACACCAAAUACGACACCUAUCAUCAAUACGGUGGUGCCUUGCCCGUCGCUGGUGCGGGCAUUGCUGGUAGUGGGUCGCCACCACGAUCGUCUCCCUACAACAGCGCACCCAAUUCGCCAUACGGCCGUAACGCCAGCCCACCACAAACCAUACCAGGCCAUCCGAACGGUCUGCAGGUGCAACAAUCCGUCCCCACGACGAUGCCUCAAGUAUUUCAAGUGCAGGUACCGCCAAAUGGUUACCCCGGCAUGCAGCUUCAGAUCCAGAAUCCAUUCACAGGACAGCAAGUGAUGGUGACCGUUCCACAGGGAGUGCAAGCAGGGCAAACGUUUGCGGUUGCCUAG